AUGGCUCCUACCAGUGUCUUGGAAAACGAACGCGGCAACGAAGCCACAUUUACGCCGAGAGGCUUUAAAAAACCGCACAACGUGACCAGCGCGCAAGGCUGCUAUCUCACACUCUUAGAUGGCCGCAAGAUUCUCGAUGCUUGCGGUGGCGCAGCCGUGGCUGUCAUCGGCCACGGAAACGAAGAGGUGCUUGACGCCACGGUCGACCAGAUGAGACGCGUAUCGUACGUCCAUACAGCCGCCUAUACAACCGACUCCGCAGAAGAACUCGCGCGAUGCAUUUUAUCCUAUCCGCCAAACCCUCGGCACGGUCUUGAGAAAGCCUUCUUCAUCAACAGCGGGAGCGAAGCGAACGAAGGGGCGAUGAAAAUGGUGAGGCAGUACUUUUGGGAAAAAGGCGAGACGCAGAGGGUACACUUUGUAAGCCGGCAGAGGGGGUAUCACGGCAACACACUCGCGGCCAUGUCCAUCUCAACCAAUCCGGCUAGGAAGAUACCUUACGAGGACUCAAUUACCCUGCCCAACGUGUCCCACGUAUCGCCGGCGUACUCCUAUCGUGACCGGGCCCCAAGCGAAACCGAGGAGUGUUACGUUGCACGUCUGAUCGCCGAACUUGAUGGGGAAUUUAAGAGGAUUGGAACGACGAGGGUUGCGGCCUUUUUCGCAGAGACGGUGGUGGGAGCAAUGUGUGGUUCCCUAGCAGCGCCAAGGGGCUAUUUCCAGCAGGUGCGAUCCCUGUGCGAUAAAUAUGGGAUCUUGCUAGUCCUCGAUGAGGUCAUGUGCGGCAUGGGCCGCACUGGGACUUAUUUCGCCUUUGAGCAAGAGGAUAUCCAACCCGACAUGGUAACGAUUGGAAAAGGGCUGGGUGGUGGUUACGCCCCGAUCGCGGGAAUCUUGAUGAGCAAAAAGGUUGUUGAUGUUCUCAGGGCUGGUACGGGCAGCUUCAACCACGGCCACACUUAUCAGGCGCACCCCGUCUCGUGUGCCACAGCACUCGCGGUGCAACGAAUCAUCCAACGGGACGGACUCGUGCAGCGGUCUGCGGAGAUGGGUCGUAAGCUACAGCAACUCCUUCGGCAAUCAUUCAGCGGUUGCGCUUACCUUUUGUUCGCGUCCAAGGUGCAAAUGGUCGCUUUCGAGAUGGGCGUUGCGGUGUAUCCGAGCCCCGUUACGAGUGCUGGGUCAGAUCGGGACCACAUCCUGUUAGCGCCUCCGUUUACGGUUACUAAAGAUGAGCUAGAAAUUGCCGUUCAAGCUCUCAGGGCAGCAUACGAUGUGGUAGAGCAGGAACUCAUAGCUAGCGUUGACUUGAAUUGUUAA